UGGAUCAACACCAUGGCGAUCUCAAGAGGAUACCGCAUGCUUGCGUGCAUUGCAGUGCUAUGCUUUGCGUACACUGUCAUUGCCGAAAAGGCGCGUCUGCCCGACAUUGAUGCUCAAUUGAUAGCUCGCAUGAGCACGCAAGAGAUUGAGGAUCAACUACAGCACUGCCCCAUAAUCGAAGGCCUUACCGCCCACAAAGCCGCCCACGCCCCAACGACAUCCUCUUCCCUGCAAAAUGCCUUCAGCAUCCUGUUCCCCUUCGCGAGUCCGGCCUACAAUGCCCUCAUGGGAACCCUCUACAUCUCCGGCCCGCCCAACUUCCUCCUCGCCCUUUGCCCGCCGAACAUCGACCCGAGCAGCUUGAACGUCAUGGUGGCCUUCGCCGUGGGAGGACUUCUAGGAGACACCUUCUUCCACCUAUUGCCGGAGAUCUUCCUGGGAGAGGUCCCAGAAGGAGAAGUUAAAGCAGUGCUGGUAGAGCCGAACAAGAACCUUCUCCUGGGAGUUGCCAUCAUGAUUGGCUUCGUCACAUUCGUGGCCAUGGACAAAGGCCUGCGCAUCGCAACAGGUGGAGGAGAUGGACAUUCGCACUCGCACUCCCACGACGCCAGCGCCAACACCCCGGCUUUAGCAUCGACAUCUUCCACCGAUCUGGACAACAAGACCUCCCUCCGCAACCGCAAAGACGUCAAGUCCAAAACCUCUUCCUCCACUCCGGUGGUAGCAGAUCCCAAACCCUCAGUGAAACUCUCUGCCUACCUCAACAUCAUUGCCGACUUCACCCACAACAUCACCGAUGGCCUAGCGAUGUCUUCCUCCUUCUACGCCUCCCCCACUCUCGGCGCGACCACCACCCUCGCAGUCUUUUGUCAUGAAAUCCCGCACGAAGUCGGGGACUUUGCACUACUAAUACAGGGAGGUAUGAGUAAACGCACGGCCAUGGGACUGCAAUUCGUCACCGCGCUGGGAGCGGUGUUGGGCACAUUCAUCGGAAUCGCGGUGCAGGAGGUCGGAGGGAAUGCAGCGAGUGCUGCUGCGACAGGAGUAGAGACAGUUGGGAAUGUUGGUAUUUGGGGCACGAGUUUGAUGGCGGGCGAUCUUUUGUUGCCGUUUACGGCGGGUACGUUCCUGUAUGUGGGUACAGUGGGAGUGAUUCCGGAAAUGUUGGAGACGGGACCGAAUCGAUGGAAGGAGUUGAGGAGUAUGGGAAUGCAGUUUGCGGCUAUGGCUGCUGGGGCGGGAAUCAUGCUUGCGAUCUCUUGGGACUAAGCGGUCGCGGUUAUGUCGACAAGAGAAUUUGGGAUAUCGCCGUGGAAUAGAGAUUGUGAUGCACACGCAGACUCCGUGAGGUCCUGGCGAGAGAAGCUCGAGUCAUCCAUGCAGCGCCGUGCGAAGGCAAUGGGGAGAUGACAUCUUGAGCAACGAUAUCAUGUCAAUAGAUACAGAUAUACAGCUCCUCAUCUUC